CAAUGUGAUCAAGAACAAGAAAAAGAAGAAGUACAGUGCAGGUAGCUACCUGUUGAGCUCGCAAAUAUAAAGGACUCUAUUUGUUCCUUCUCAAUCUCAAACUACUCAGCAUUCUCCAAGCAACUCCUCCUGCAUUCAUUUUCAUUCCUACCAAAAAAACCUAAAAACCCCAAUUUCCCCAAACCCCGGCCAUGGAAAUUCCAGCUUCACAACUCAACAAACCAACCAAAAAUAUCUUCAUCUUAUCAGGGCAGAGCAACAUGUCAGGCCGUGGCGGCGUAUCCAAAGACAAACCAAGAACCUGGGACGGCGUCGUUCCACCGGAGUGUCAACCUAACCCUUCCAUACUCCGCCUGACCGCCAAUCUCCACUGGGAAACCGCCAACGAACCCAUCCAUUCCGACAUCGACAGCAAAAAGACCUGCGGUGUUGGCCCCGGCAUGUCUUUCGCCAACGCGGUGAGGGAGCGCGUGGGGCUGGUGGGUUUGGUGCCGUGCACGGUGGGUGGUACGGCGAUCAAAGAGUGGGCACGGGGUGAAGAACUGUACGAGAACAUGGUGAAGAGGGCGAAAGAGAGCGUGAAAGAUGGGGGAGAGAUCAAGGCCUUGCUUUGGUUCCAAGGAGAGAGCGACGCGUUGGCUAAGGAGGAUGCUGAGGCUUAUAAGGGCAACAUGGAGACGCUGAUUCGUAACGUGCGUGAGGAUCUUGGUCUGCCUUCCCUUCCUAUUAUCCAGGUUGCGAUUGCAUCAGUAGAUUUGAAGUAUAUGGCGAUAGUAAGGGAUGCGCAACUGAGUAUGCAAGUCCACAAUGUCGUGUGCGUGGAUGCCAUGGGGUUGCAACUGAAAGAAGAUAAUCUCCACUUAACCACAGAAUCCCAAGUUCAGUCGGGUCAUAAGCUGGCUCAUGUCUAUCUUUCAUAUUUUGAAACACCAAACCCUCCUUCGCUUUCUUGGGCUUGAAUAAAGUUCAUCCAGAUUGAUAGGAUUAUGGUAUGGUUCUUGUAAUGGGCUUGUUACUUGGUCUUUUAUCUCUUUAAAGCUUUGCUUGUCUUGUCUUUUUCUCUUUUUUUUGGGUGUGGUUAAAUAAGCUUUGGUUGUCUUGUAGUUUGAGCUUGGUAAGCCUUGAAUAAAUUACUGAAGUUUGAUAACAA